UUACCCUAGGGCAACAACGUUGAUACAUGUUUGAUGGGUGUCGUGUUUGAGGAAGUGUGAGGAUGACUCACUGGCUGUCACGUGUCGCCUCGCACUCACAACUCUUGUGUCAGUCAGUCUCUCUCCCAGCAGCUAAUUAACCAUCAGCUUGUCCCUUUUGAGGUCGCGGGGGGUCGCUGGAGCCUAUCUCAGCUGCAUUCGGACGGAAAGCGGCGUACACCCUGGACAAGUUGCCACCUCAUCGCAGGCCAUGUCUCUGCUGUGGACGCUCGUCUUCGCAGCGGCCAUGUUGGACGAGGUGCAGUCCUCCGCCCCCGAGCCGUCCGUCCCAGACAGCGUCGUGGCUCUGGCGGGCUCCUGCGUGGUGGUCCCCUGCUCCUUUGCGCCCAAGUCCUCGCCCCGCCCUCCGCCCGCCAAAGAGCGCGUGGACGUGCGGAUGCGUUACCACGGCGACGAGCGCUUCCUGUUCCGCCUUUACCGCACGGCCUACAACAGCGCGGACAAGCAAGCGGUGAGCGCCGACUUCCGGGGCCGAGUGACCGCCGCUGGUGAGGGUUCUGAGGGCGACUGCUCGCUGAGGCUGGACACAGUCAGGGUGGACGACGCCAGGGUCUACCAGCUGUCCCUCAAGACACGUGGGGACUCAACUUGGGGGAGGACCAAGUCUUUCCGCCUCCUUGUCCUGGUCAAUCCCGAAGCUCCCGUUAUCAGCGGCGUAUUGUCGGCCAUCGAGGGUCAGGUGGUCACCUUGAACUGCAGCGUGGGCUAUUACUGCCCCUCCUCACCUCCGACCCUGCGCUGGCAAUGGGGGCGUGGCCUACAUCCACCUGGAGCUCAGGAGGUGCGGACUCUUCACCCUGACGAGCACUCGCCCGUGUUGCAGGCCUCGCUGACCUUCCGGGUGUCCCACCGGGUCAACGCUGGCCUGCGAUGUGAGCUCAGCUACGCGGGCGCCAAAGCUGUGGUCGCCGCCAACAACCUGCACGUUACAUUUCCUCCCAAAGACGUGACGGUGCAGGUGCAGACCCUGGCCCUGCAGGAGGGGGGCAGCGCCCUGCUGGUCUGCUCGUGCAAAGCCGACCCGCCGGUGUCAGAGUACAGCUGGUUCUACAAACGAGGCGGCCGCACGGUUCACCUGGGCCUUCGCACGCACGCCAUCCGCUUGUACAACGUGACGCGGGGCACGGCGGUCCGCUGUGCGGUCGAGAACCUGGUCGGUCGCGCCGAGUCGCGGACCACCGUCCUCAACGUUCUGUAUAAGCCCGUCAUCCAGAGGGCGUCCUCGGCGUGCGUCGUCGAGCGGCAAGAAGUGUUGUGCCGCUGCUCGGCGGACUCGAACCCGCGGCCGGCUUUCACAUGGAUCAUCAACGGCACAGCCCCGCCCCCAGACUACAACGUGUCGCUCACGGCCGAUACGCUCACUUCGACACUGAGGGGCCGCACGAGCGGGCCCCUGACCCUCACCUGCUCGGCUGUCAACACCAUCGGGAAUGACUCGCUGACGCUGUCGCAGGGCGGGCGAGGGCGGGACAGGUUUCUGCUGCUCGGCUUUGUGGCGCCCGCAGCGGCCAUCUUGGCGAGCACCUUACUUGCCGUGCUCGUUUUCUUCUGCUGCAGAAAGAAAUCCACGACACACGUCCUGACUGGACGUCCUGCUGCAGGCCUGGCAGGAGGAUCAGGAGCCAAUCAGGAGUCCACGCCGCUCUACAUCAACUGCACCGAGGUGACCCACGUCUACACCAACGGCAGCUACCAGCUGGUGUACCAGAACUGCACGCCUCACUUUGUGCGCACCAAGCAGGUGCGUCGGAUGGGCAGGAGAGGCGGCGAGCGCAGGCGAGGGGCUCUCGGCGCGCGUGCGGACACACAAGACGCCCCUGGGGUCGUGCAUGUAGCUGAACCCGAGUCGGCCAUUUACCUGGAGGUCCUCUAGUAUGACCCGUGAACCAGCCAUGACCCGGGAAAAACUGCAAAAAUCUGGGACAUAUGCGACUAAGACGUUAUACAUGAGAGCACAGUGUGUACGUGUGUGUGCUUUUAAAAGGCGGGGCCUGUUGCCUAGAGACUCGUGACAUCAUCGAGAGGCGUUUGCCGCUUCAAUUUAUUAACUUGUCGUUCGAAAAAAAAAAAAAUCAGUCUAAGCCUGGCCCUCUGUAGAGGGGUUCCAGACUAAGGCCAAGGGAAACAAACCUCAAAGCCAUAGCACACAUAGUCGUGUGUAAGAGGGACACAUCAAAGAACACAAAGGUCAUUAAAGAGCAGAGCUGAUACAACCAGACAUUUCUACAUAGACUUAUAUUUAGACUUUAUUUUUAUUGUCAUUCAAAUUUGAUCUUUACAGUACAGAUAAGAACAAAAUUGCAUUGCAUUUGCUCAUGGUAGUGCGGGAUAAAAGAGCAAAAAGGUGCGGAUAUAAAUAAAUAGAUGACUGUACAGAUCAAUUGUCAGGUUAUUAAAUAAGACUAGAAGCAAGAAAUUAAACAGGGACAGAAUUAAAUUUGGCUCAAUUGACGUCUGGACUCUCCUGACGAAAUAUUGUAUGGCUCCUCUUUUAUUUGGACUUUCCCUGAUUACAUGGCAACAGCUGUUUCUAAAGAUACCGGGGUCGUAAACAGCCAUCGCCUUUGAUUACAAACAGUUCAAAGAAAAGGUCGUAAAAGAAUUUAAAAAAGAUGUUGUAAAACAGUUCAAAGAAGAGGCUCAUGGGACUUGGGCAGGUCCUGCUUUCUCUCCGCUUUGUAGUUCUUGGGUCAAGACACAAUCUUUCUGUGGAUUACAAUACAUCAAAGAAACAGAACCCUCAUGUCGCUCCCCAUCCUACACAGUGGAGUUUUACAAGCCUUUUGUUUGGUAGGAUCAAAGACAGUAUUUGUCUUCUCGUGGCCACACAACGUUUUGUGAUAACCUAGAUACGAUUAUUCUGACAUAAAUAUAUUGCACUUUUGCACAUACAUACACGUUUAUGGAUGUAUGUUAUAUUGUCUUUAUAUUCCGGCCAGUUAAUCCAUUUUUGGGGGGAAAUUGAGGGGAUACAUACAGCUACAAAAGUAAAAACAACAACAAGGAAACAUCUACACUGUGGUGGCCUCUGCGGUGUUCCACGGCAUCGUCUGCUGGAGCGGGGGGGAGCAGACCCAACAAAGCAACCCUCGGCCGCCCACUGACUCUCGGCCAGUGUCCAGUCCGCUUGGAUGAGCGAGGAUGCGUCUAAGGCAGUGAUUUUCAACCAUUGUGCCGCGGCACAUUAGUGUGCCGUGAGAUAUUGUCCGGUGUGCCGUGGUAAAUUAUGCAAAUUCACCUGAUUGGUCCAAAAAAUAUUUUUGGCAGAUCAAUAAUCGUAAUGUGUCGUUGUCUAGUGCCUGUGUUGUGUAGACCUUGGCAGGUUAAUGUUGUAAUACUCCAUAUCAGUAGGUGGCAACAGGUAGUUCAUUGCCUUGUAGAAGUCGGAACGCGUCGAGGAUGGUUUGUUGUGAUCCCAAUAUGCUGAGCACAGCGGUAGGCAGCGUGCAGGUAAAAAGGUAUGUACCACUUAAACCAAAAAUUAACAAAAGGCUAGGAAAAGGCACUGAAGCAUAGGGAUGGCUAUGUAAAACCAAACUAAAACUGAAUUGGCUGAAAAGUAAACAAAAACAGAAUGCUGGACGACAGCAAAAACUUACAGCGUGUGGAGCAAAGACAGCGUCCACAAAGUACAUCCGUACAUGACAUGACAAUCAACAAUGUCCCCACAAAGAAGGAUAGCGUAUACGCACAACUUAAAUAGUCUUGAUUGCGAAAACAAAGCAGGUGCGGGCAAUAGCACUCAAAGGAAGGCGUGAAACUGCUACAGGAGAACACCAACAACACAGGAAGGGUCACCAAAAUAACAGCGCAAGACAGGAACUAAAGCACGACACACAGGAAACAACAAACUCAAAAUAAGACACGACAACCUGGUGGAGAUUCAUUUUUUAACCUUUUCUGCUGGUGGUGUGCCUCUGUAUUUAUUUUAUAAAACAAAUGUUCCUUGGCUCAAAAAAGGUUGAAAACAAUGGUCUAAAGCAGGGGUCACCAACCUUUUUGAAACCAAGAGCUACUUCUUGGGUACUGAUUAUUGCGUAGGGCUACCAGUUUGAUACACACUUAAAUAAAUUGCCAGAAAUAGCCAAUUUGCUUAAUUUACCUUUAAUAAAUAAAUGUAUAUAUAUAAAAAAAAUGGGUAUUUCUGUCUGUCAUUCCGUCGUACAUUUUUUUUCCCUUUUACGAAAAUUUUUUUGUAGAGAAUAAAUGAUGAAAAAAACACUUAAUUGAACGGUUUAAAAGAGGAGAAAACACAAAAAAAAAUGAAAAUUACAUUUUGAAACAUAGUUCAUCUUCAAUUUCGACUCUUUAAAAUUCAAAAUUCAACUGAAAAAAAUAAAGACAAAAGCUAGCUAAUUAGAAUAUUUUUGAAAAAAAUAUAAUAAUUUAUGGAACAUCAUUAGUAAUUUUUCCUGAUUCAUAUUAAUUUUAGAAUUUUGAUGACAUGUUUUGAAUAGGUUGAAAACCAAAUAGUCACUUUGUUAGAAUAUAUAACAAAUUGGACCAAGCUAUAUUUCUAACAAAGACAAAUCAUUAUUUCUUCUACAUUUUCCAGAACAAAAAUGUUUAAAGAAAUUCAAAAAACUUAGAAAUAAGAUUUAAAUUUGAUUCUAGAUUUGCCAGAAUAAUUUUUGGGGAAUUUUAAUCACAAUAAGUUUGAAGAAGCUAAAAUGAAGAAUUAAAUUAAAAUGUACUCAUUAUAAAAAAUAAAUAAAUACUUAAACAUUGAUUUAAAUUGUCAGGAAAGAAAAGGAAGGAAUUUAAAAGGUAAAAAGGUAUAUUUAUUUAAAAAUCCUAAAAUCAUUUUUAAAGUUGUAUUUUUCUCUAAAAUUGUCUUUCUGAAAGUUAUAAGAAGCAAAGUUAAAACAUUUUUUUUAUUUAAACAAGUGAAGACCAAGUCUUUAAAAUAUUUUCUUGGAUUUUCAAAUUCUAUUUGAGUUUUGUCUCUCUUAGAAUUAAAAAUGUCGAGCAAAGCGAGACCAUCUUACUAGUAAAUAAAUACAAUUUAAAAAAUAGAGUCAGCUCACUGGUAAGUGCUGCUAUUCGAGCUAUUUUUAGAACAGGCCAGCGGGCGACUCAUCUGGUCCUUACGGUCAACCUGGUGCCCGCGGGCACCGCGUUGGUGACCCCUGCUCUAAAGAGACCGAGGAGCCCGACACACGCUCAUUCAGCCAAGUUAUCGUUAACAAGUUAAUUUAUUCGUUACUCGUUACUAUCAUAUAACGCCGUUUUUUUACGUAGACUGGCCAUGACCUUGAACAGCUUCUGUCCUCUCCUUGAUCUGAUGGAGAAGAUGAGACGGUUUGAAGUACACUUUGUCUUCUUUUUAAUCCGCACUUACACACACACACACACACACGCACACACACACACACACACACGCAUACACUGGCCCAGAUGUGAUUUGGUCUCCUCUGUGUAGCCGCUGUCAUUUCACGCAAAUGGAUUUUGUGGAGAUGUUUUAUGUCCCCCCCCCCUCCCGCAGCCGCAAAGCCAUAAAAAGCGUUAUUGACUUUGUGAGCACAUCACAAUGACAAUACACUUUUUUUUCUUUUUUUUUUAUUGCCAGUGCUGGAAAACGUUCCUGGGCAUGUCAUUAUUAGUAUAAAUAUUGUUAUUUCUCAUUAGGUAGGCACUAUUUCAUGAUCACCUGUAAAUAAAGUCAACAUGACCUAAAUAAA